GACCUCAGACGCUUAAUCUGACACGUGAGCGAUGGCUUCACCCACCCAGGAGCUGGUCCUGAUCGGUUUGUGUGAUGGAGAGCUCGACCCGAAGCGAUACCAGUCCUCAUAUCUCACCAACAAAGUUGGGGGCCAGCCGGACCGGUUGCCGGUCAUCUCCCGGCAGUCUCCCCGAUGUGGUCGCUGCGGAGCCCCGUUAGCCCAUGUGGCGCAGGUGUAUUGCCCCCUGGAUGGCUCCCCCUACCACAGGAACCUCCACCUGUUCGCGUGCCCAGGUGCAGAGUGCAGCGGCAGGUCAGAGAGUUGGAGGGUGUUACGCUCUCAGUGUCUGGAGACUGAGGUGGCAGCAGCGCAGAAACCCAGCCGACCUGCCCCGGCUCAGGAGGCUCCUCUGUCGGCCACCGACUGGUGUGAAGCCGCUGAUGACUGGGGCAUGAAGGAGGAGGGUGAUGAUGGGUGGGGAGGAGGUGUGAAGAAGGACAGCCAGGUCCAGGAGCAGGCAUCAGUUCCUGAGGCUGAAGCAGAGGGUCCUGCACUCAGUGAGAUGGAUGUCAGCAGCAGACUUCAUGACCUCAGUCUGGGAGAAUCACAUGAGGACGUUUCCGUCUUCCGCCCGUUCUUCAUCAGCGUGGUGGAGGAGUCAGAUCUGUGCGGGGAGGAUGACGACCUGGAGCACGCUCAGGAGCUGCUGAGGGAGUACGAGCGGAGAGAGGGGGUGGUGGUAGGAGAGCUGGACGGCUGUGAGGAGAGUUAUGAGAAGACCAGAGCCAGACACGGAGAUGGCGUCUUCUCUGGGUUCAUGAAGAAGAUCUCACUGUGUCCACAACAGAUCCUGCGCUACUGCCGCGGCGGGAAACCGCUCUUCAUCUCCGAGCCGCCGUCCAACAUGGCUCAGGUGGUUUCAGUGUGCGGCUCCUGUGGAGGAUCCAGGACUUUUGAGCUGCAGCUGAUGCCGGCUCUGGUCAGUCUGCUGCAGAGGACGGACAGCAGCACUGAGACGGAGCUGGAGUUUGGGACGGUCCUGGUUUAUACCUGCACAAAGAGCUGCUGGACAGCAGGAUCAGGAUCAGCUGUGGAGGAGUUCUGCUUUGUUCAGGCAGAUCCGGACCAGCAGCUCUUUAAAUGACUUGAACAGCUGGAUUGGUCUGAUGCUCAUUGUGAACAACAGGAGGAAAGUCUGUAAAGAAAGAAAACAGGUUUGGUUUUGGUGCUUUCAGGGAGAGUAGUGAUGGGGCAGAACACUGCUGCUCCUGCAGGUUUAAACUGUUCCUCCUGCUGUGCAUCUGGUCAUAGCUUCAAACAGUACAGUCGCAGCAGGUGACGACCGACAGCAGAAGAAAUGUAGGUGUAGUAGAAGGUGGAGAGCGUCAGAAAUGUGCUGCAGGUUCAUUUUUGUUAAUCACAUUUCACAGAUCAAACGCUUUCAGCCACUCUUCAUAGUUUAGAGAAGACAGAGUCUGACUGCAGAAAAUGCUGCCACUCAGGAGGGAUGUAACCAACUCAACUUUUCCACAGCACAAGGCCUCGAGCUUGAAAAUGACUUUCAGAGAGAAUAAAUAAAAAGUUUAGAUGCUCUAUCUGGUGACUGGUGGUGAUUUCUAAAAUCCUGGUCACAGUCCUGCUUCUUAUAGGAGGAUAAACUAAAAAUGAUACUUUUUCUAAUGGGUUUUGUUUUGUUUUUUUUGAGCCAGCAGAGGUGAAGAGUGUCACUGCUGUCGCAGCUGUUGACUGUUGUGAGCAUGUUUCAGAGCAGAGCAGCAGAACUUUUCUCCCAGUGCAGAUUUUCCCUUUAAUAACAUUCUCAGCUUCUUUGGUUUGUCCCUGCAGCUUGGCAGAAUUACCUGCGCUGACCUUUGACCUCCCUGUAAUGAAAUGUCAGUGCUCCAUGAACUCCUGAAAGUGCCUCAAAUGUAAUGCGGCAUAAACAACAUUUCCAACAGGAGACUGUGGGCUUUUUGAGACAAAUGUCGAUUUCUGAGCUCCCACGUUGAUCCUGGUUCUCGGAUCCUGAUCGAGCUCAUUUUCACAGAAUAAAUUAUUUUACAACUCACACUCAUCGUUUAUCAAAUUACGUAUGAAAACACAGAACAGACUUUUCUUUUCCUUUUACUUCAACCUUACAAUACAUUUCUAUAAUUCAGUGUCUUAAGAUUCACACCAAAACAGUUGAGGUUGAACAGCAGUAAUGUAAUUCAGCGAAGGAAAUGUAAACAGAGUAAAACCAAGCUAUAAAAAAAAUGUAAAUGAUCAGCUGAAGGACUUUGGUUUUUAAUGGACUGGAUCCUGAGUAUCAAAAAUAGAUUUCUUAAUUAACUGGCCAAUAAAUAAUGACAGGAUUUUCCUCUUUUUUUUGUGUAAUGAUGUUACUGAUUGUUAUGAUUGUGUCAAAUUAAAUCACUGCUCUCA